AUGGCACCUCAAUCAUCGCAGUCCGCACCUUCACCGUCUCUCAAACGAAAGCAGCCAAGCAUUUCUAGCUUCUUCACCCAGAAACCCUCAUCCAGCUCUUCACCAAAAGAAUCCGAAUCGACUCCGACCAAGGGACGCAAGAAAACACAGGCCUCGCCAGCGGAGAAAAUCAACGAGUCUAAACGAGCCGAACCGGUGGGAGAGGAUGACGACGGGGACAUCGUUGCGCCAGCUCCAAAACGAGCCAGGAUCACCGAGUCAAGCGCAGAAGAGCCUAUUCGAGUUGCUGCGAGCGUACCAUUCGAACAUAAUUCGCAGCCGAGCAGCAGCCAACGCACUGAUAUUUUCAAGUUCCAAAGCUCUCCUGCCAUUGCUACUGGACCACCUGCUACAGAUUCCACAGAGAAAGUGGACCCAGAACAGGAACAACGGAAGAAGGAAAAGGAGAAGCUGCACCAGAAAUUUGUCAAGAAGCUCGGUGGGGCCGAUUGCUUGAUUGGAAUUGGCAGGACUGCUGUAAACGACUCCGCCGCCGGAGCAGAUGAGCCUGCCGAAGCUGAGGAUGAUGAUGAACCUCCUCCUCCUCCAACCAAGGGCAAGGGUGCCAAAAAGGGUGGAAGCAAACUCACACCCAUGGAAAAGCAGGUUGUGGAGAUUAAGCGCAAGCACAUGAACACUGUACUCGUAAUUGAAGUCGGUUACAAGUUCCGCUUCUUUGGAGAGGAUGCACGUAUUGCCGCGAAGGAGUUGGGCAUUGUGUGCAUCCCAGGAAAGUUCAGAUUUGAUGAACAUCCCUCAGAGGCACAUCUUGACCGAUUUGCUUCAGCCAGCAUUCCUGUGCACCGACUUCAUGUCCAUGUAAAACGACUCGUCACAGCAGGCCACAAAGUCGGCGUAGUGCGACAGAUUGAGACAGCUGCACUCAAGGCUGCGGGUGAUAACCGCAAUGCGCCCUUUGUUCGCAAAUUGACAAAUCUCUACACCAAAGGUACCUACAUCGAUGAUGCCGAAGGUCUCGAAGGUCCUGCUCCGGCAGCGGGAGGCACUUCACCUGCUACGGGCUACAUGCUCUGUAUGACGGAAAAUAACGCCAAGGGCCCGGGUAACGAUGAGCGGGUGCAUGUCGGAAUCAUUGCAGUUCAGCCAGCUACAGGUGAUAUCAUCUACGACGAUUUUGAGGAUGGCUUUAUGCGAAGCGAGAUCGAGACACGACUCCUACACAUUGCUCCCUGUGAGAUUUUGAUAGUUGGCGAAAUGUCCCGUGCUAGCGAGAAGCUUGUUCAGCAUUUGUCCGGAAGCAAAAUGAAUGUUUUCGGAGAUGCCGUGCGACUGGAACGGGCUCAGAAGAAGAAGACAUCUGCUGCUGAGGCUCACAGUCAUGUAUCAGGUUUCUACGCUGGCAAAAUGAAAGCUACCAGUACUCAAGAGGACGCUCAGGCUGCAAAGUUGCUUCAAAAUGUUCUUGAAUUACCGGAGCAGGUUACUAUGUGUCUGUCCGCUAUGAUCGAGCACAUGACUGAGUAUGGUCUGGAGCAUGUCUUUGACCUGACAAAAUACUUCCAACCUUUCUCGGCUCGUUCACACAUGCUCUUAAAUGGAAAUACCUUGGUCAGUUUGGAGAUUUAUCAGAACCAAACGGAUCAUUCGGCCAAGGGUAGUCUGUUCUGGACCCUGGAUCGGACGCAGACUCGCUUCGGACAACGUAUGCUGCGGCAAUGGGUUGGACGGCCUUUGCUUGACAAGGUCCGUCUGGAGGAAAGGACCAAUGCUGUUGAGGAGCUGACGGCUUCUGCGCGGGUGGCCUCUGUGGAAAGAGUGCGAAGUUUGCUCAGCAAGGUCAAGAGUGACCUCGAGAAGAGCUUGAUUCGCAUUUACUAUGGAAAGUGCACGCGCCCUGAACUUUUAAAUGUGCUGCAAGCUAUGCAAAUGAUUGCGAUGGAAUUCGCAGAUAUCAAAACGCCCGCUCAGACUGGCUUUGACUCAACACUAGUGAGCGAAGCAAUCGCCGCUCUGCCCACCAUCCGAGCAGAAGUCGUCAAGUUUCUGGACAAGAUAAAUCUGCACGCUGCUCGAACCGACGACAAAUACUCUUUUUUCCGUGAAUCACAAGAGACAGAAGCUAUCGGUGAUCACAAGCUCCAGAUCGGAAGCAUUGAGCACAAUCUCUCUGAACAUCGGAAAGAGGCAGCUUCAACAAUUGGAAGAGGCAAAGUUGAAUACUCAACAGUAUCUGGCAUCGAGUACCUAAUCGAAAUCGAAAACAACUCACCAGCACUGAAGCGCGUCCCAGCAUCAUGGAUCAAAGUAAGUGGCACAAAACGAGUAUCACGCUUUCACACACCAGAAGUCGUCCAAAUGAUCCGAGAGCGUGACCAGCAAAAAGAAGCCCUGGCCGCAGCAUGCGACCAAGCAUUCUCAGCCCUACUAGCGGACAUCGCAGCGCAGUACCAGUCCUUCCGCGAUUGCGUCCAAUCUCUCGCAACAUUGGACUGCCUGCUAUCCCUAGCAACAAUUGCCCAACAACCGGGCUACGUCAAGCCAGAAUACACAGACGAAGCAGGCCUCCACAUCGAACAAGGCCGACACCCAAUGGUCGAACACCUCCUCACCAACACGUACGUACCCAACGACACAACCCUGCAUCACGACAACACACGGGCACUCCUCGUCACUGGCCCAAACAUGGGCGGUAAAUCCAGCUACGUACGACAAGUAGCGCUCAUCGCAAUCAUGGGCCAAAUCGGCUCCUACGUCCCAGCAGCCUCCGCCAAGCUCGGUCUCCUGGAUGCAGUCUUCACUCGCAUGGGAGCGUUCGACAACAUGCUCGCCGGCGAGUCAACAUUCAUGGUCGAGCUCUCCGAAACAGCAGACAUCCUCAAGCAAGCAACGCCACGGUCCCUGGUAAUCCUCGACGAACUGGGCCGCGGGACAUCGACGCACGACGGUGUUGCCAUCGCGCAGGCCGUGCUCGAUUACAUGGUCCGCUCCAUUCAAUCCCUCACACUCUUCAUCACGCACUACCAACACCUCUCACGGAUGGUGCAAUCCUUCCCAGAUAAUGCCCUCCGUAAUGUGCACAUGAAGUUCACAGAGACGGGCGAGAAGGAGGGCGACGAGCAGAUUACAUUCCUGUAUGAAGUCACCGAAGGCGUUGCGCAUCGCAGUUACGGAUUGAAUGUGGCUCGGUUGGCUAACUUGCCCUCGGCGGUUAUUGAUGUUGCUCGCCAGAAGAGCGCUCAGCUUGAGGAGUCUAUUCGUCGGAAACGGUUGGCUGGGCUUGUUAGUGCUGUUGGGCGUGUUCUUGAUGGCAAGGACGGGGAUGGGGAUUCUGCUGGUGAUCGGCUGCUUGAAAGGCUUGUGGCUAGUGCUGAGCAGUUGUAG